AUGAUAAACAAUAAAAGAAAACGAGCAUAUAUCCAAAAUGAACGGCAUGAAAAUAGUAAUGAAAGCGAAUCUUAUGUAAAAUUAGAAAAUGAAAAAGGGCAUGAUAAAGAUAUAAUUUAUGAUCAAAUUUAUUCAAUUCCUAAAAAAAAUAAACCCCGAUGUUUAGUUUUAUCUAAUUCUAAAGAUAACUUAAUAGCAAAUUUUACAAACUUAUUAAAAAUCGAUAACUAUGGAGUUGAAUUUAAAACUAAAUGGUAUGUACACUUGUUUAGAAUAUGUUUAUUUAGCGAAAGAUUAUAUGGACCAACACAAACAACAGGAUCUGGAAAAAAUAAAAACGAAAAAGGAAAUGAAGAAAAUAUUAACAAAUUAAUAUUAGAAUACAAUGUUGAUGAAUUACUAAAAAAUGUACAAAAACUAAUUUUAAGAAAAAUAGAUUGUGAAAAUUUAUAUUAUCAAAAGAUAUUAGUUAUUGUUUGUUUAUUGUUUGAUUAUUUUCAAAAUAAAAAAUAUCACAAUAUUAAAACUGUGAAACAUUUAGAAGGUGAAGAAGAAGAUACUAAAAAUUCUAUUGAAAAUUUUGAAACAAAAAAUGGAUCGGAUAUACAUAUUAAUGAUAAUUCUAAAAAAAAAAUUAAAUCAAAAAAAAGAUACUUAGAAACCACAAAAAAACAAAUAUAUGACGAUUCGGGAGAUGAUACUACAAAUAAAGACAAGUUAUCAAAUUAUUCUGAAAAUAAUAAAUUGCUUGGUUCUGAAUUAUUAAAAAAUAAUGAAAAAAAUAAAUUUAAACCAAUUGAUAUUAUAAAUAAUCAAAAAAAUUAUUAUAUAAUCGAAUUUAAAAAUAUUUUAUAUAAUGAAAAAAAAAAAUUUUAUAAUUUAGAAAUUUUUUAUCAUAUUACAAAUCUUAUUAUACAUAAGUAUUGGUAUUCACAAGAAUAUGCACAUUAUAAUAUUUUCAUAUGGUUUUUAAAUUAUAUAAAUAAUAAAUUAGAAAUAAAAAAAUCUAUUAAUAAUAUUAAUAGCAAGUUAGAAAUGUUCAUUAAUUUGCAUCCUAAGAUAUUUAACAUAUCACAUGCUAAAAAAAAAAGAAAAAAAAAUAACUAUCAGCAUAAUAACAUUAUUCAUAAUGAUAUUAAUCCAACCAAUCCUAACAAUAGUCAUUAUUUUGAAGGUGGAAUUGUAGAUUACCCAUAUAUAAAAAAUCGAUUUAAACAAUUGGGUGGUGGCUUUUCUAGUUUUACAAAUCCAAUAAACUCAUCUACUCCUUCAAAUAUUAUUAAUAACAAUAAUAAUAAUAAUAAUAAUAACAACUUUUUUGGAGUAAAUAAUAAUUCAACUAAUAACACAUUUAAUGGAUUUAAAAGUACAAAUACAGAUACAUCUACUAUUGGAAAUACCUUUGGUUCUACUUUUAAAGGAUUUGGUCAAAGUAAUAAUGCGAGUAUAUUUGGAAAUAAUAAUACAAUUUCUAACACAGUCACAAAAAACAUCGAAACAGGUAGCACUCCUUUCACAUCUACCAAUAAUACAAAUACUUCUUUGUUUGGAAAUUCUAUAAAUAGUACAUCAACUACUAAUAAUACAAAUAAUUCAAUUCCCAAAUUUCCUAGUUUAUUUCCACCUAACUCAUCUGGAUCUACAAAUAAUAAUAUGAACAAUAUUAAUAAUAAUUCUUUUAAUUCCCAAUUGAAUAAACCACUUUUUGCUAAUAUUACUCCUAUAGGAAAUAAUAUGAUGCCUAAUUUACAAAACAAAAAUGUUAAUUUAUUUGGGUCGAUAAAUAAUAACGCACCGGGCCCAAAUAAUUCAAAUAUUAAUACUACCCUAGAUAAUAAUAAUAAUAAUAAUAAUAAUGCAUCCAUUUUUGGAUUUGAUAAAAAUAAUCAAAAUAAUACAUCUAUUUUUGGAAAUCCAUCAUUAAACAAUACUGGAACAAAUACAAAUUUUAUUUCAGCAUCAAACAAUAAUGCAACUAACAAUAUUUUUUCUUUUAACAAAGAUAGCCAAAAAAAAUUAUUUCAAACUCCCCAAAUAAGUAAUUUAGAAAAUAAUAAUAAUAAUUCUAGUAAUAAUAAUAAUUUAUUAAAUACCACAACUAGUAAUGGUAAUAAUACAGCCCUUUUUGGACAAAAAGCUAGUGGAACUGGAUUUUUUAAUUCUACAAUUAAUGGAAAUAUAAAUAAAGAUUUGCUAUUAAAUAACAAAGCUGGAUUCGAAAAUGAUAUGCUAUUACAAAAAACAAAUAUGUUUUCAAAUACAAAACCUGCUGAUUCUAUAAAUUUUAUGAAUAAUAAUAAUAAUAUGAUAAAUACAAACAAUACUAAUAUUUCAAGCUUAAACAAUAAUGCAGUUUCUUCUUUUAAUUUUGUAACUGGUAAUUCUAAUGAUAUUCUUGGAGGUGUAUCUUCAAAUUUAAAUGGACAACAAAAUACAAAUAAUUUUAACAAUUUGUUUAAUACUGAUAAUGGUUCAAAAGAAUUAUUUAAGGAUCUAAAAAUAACCAAUGAACCUACAUCUAAAUUUACAGUUAAUAAAAAACCAUUAUUUUCUAGAAGGCCUGUAAAAAGUAAUUUACUUAUAUCUAAUUCAAUCACAUCCGAAAAUAAUAUAUUUAGUUCUACCUAUAGUAACAAAGAUAGUUUAUUAAAUAAUCAAUCAAAACCUGUUAAAGUUAUUUUUGGGCAAAAUGUGAAUACAUCUACACCUAUUACUAAUGAAAAUACAAACACUGCAAUAUUUGGCGGAUCAUCUAAUACAACUACUAAUAAUCCAAACAAUUCUACAUAUACCAAUACAAUGAAUCAAAUACCUUCAAUUUCUACCAAAGAAAUUAAACCUAUAACUUCGACUAUGGAUAAAGGAAAUAUAUUUAAUCAAGAAAAUAAUAAAAAUAUUUUUUCAAACACAAAUAAAUUACCUUUUAAUGCAUCUAAUAAUAACACUACCAUGUUUGGUUCUACAAAUUGUAAUAUAUUUGGAAAAUCUGAAAUUUCUAAUAUAUUUUCAACUUCUGCAAAUAAUAAUACUAUAUCUAUUUCAGACACAAAAACCAAUCCAGAUGCAAAUGCAAAUACCAAUGUUAAUGACAAUAACUUAAUAGGAACUAAUACUUCAAAUUCUGUAUUUGGAAAUACUUCUAUUUUUGGGCAAAAUGAAAUAAAUAAUAAUGAUCAAAAUAAUUUUCAAGGAAUUAAUUUUCCUGUUAAAAAAUUAACAUUAGAAGAAAGGAAAAAAAAAACAGCUAAAAACAAUAUGCUUUCAUUAUUUUCUACAAAUACAAACAAUUCUAAUAUACAGACACAAAAUUCUAUAACAUUAAAUGACACAUCAUUAUUAAUUAACAAGAAUAAUAAUGAUACAAAAAAAACAAAUAUUUUUCAAUUUAAAUCCACACAAUCUGAUAUAAAUACUAAAACAGAUACUUCAAUAUUUGGCGGAUUUAAUAAAAGUAACAUAUUCGAUAUUGGAAAAUCCCAAGAAAAUUUCGAAGAAAAAAAAUUCCAAUUUGGAAAUAAUAAACCUUCUGGAAAUAAUACAAAUAUAAUUAGAUCUAUUCCAAAUGAUACUUUAUUUGGUUCUAAAAAUGAAGAUAAACAAAAAACAUCUGAUAAUACUCCUAAAACAACCAACUUGUUUACCUUUGAAAAUUUUACUAAUAAGGAAAAGGAUGAAUCAAAAAACGAAGUUAAAAAUGAAGUUAAAAAUGAAAUUAAAAAUGAAGUUAACGACGAUAAAAAUCAAGUUAAAAAUGAAGUUAACGACGAUAAAAAUCAAGUUAAAAAUGAAGUUAACGACGAUAAAAAUCAAGUUAAAAAUGAAGUUAACGACGAUAAAAAUCAAGUUAAAAAUGAAGUUAACGACGAUAAAAAUCAAGUUAAAAAUGAAGUUAACGACGAUAAAAAUCAAGUUAAAAAUGAAGUUAACGACGAUAAAAAUCAAGUUAAAAAUGAAGCUAAAAACGAAAACAAAAUUGACAUUACAAAAGAGCCAACCAUAUUCAAAGGGUUUGGAUCAAUUUUGGAAAAUCAAAUAGAUGAAGCUAACAAAAGUGCAAGUAAAAGUUUUAUUUUCGGAUUAGGAAUAAAAGAAAAAGAUAAAGAAGAAAAAAAAACAUCUUUAACAUCUGAUAUAAAUAAAGACGACAAUGCGCUUACCACUCCCAAAUUCGGAUUUACAAAUAAUAUAACAACUGUUUCGAAUAAUCUAAAUAAUAUUUUCAACCUUGGAAAUAACAACAAACCCGAUGAUAAUGAUAAUAAUAAUGGCAAUGCAAAAUCGAGUAUAUUUAUUGAACGCAAUGAAAAAGAGGAUGGAAAUGGAGCGGGGUUGUUUGCAUCUACCACUAAUAAUAAACAAAAAGAUAAUGCAAACCUUUUUUCUUUUAAAGCCGAAAAGGAUACAAGUAACAUAUCCGGAAUAAAUCGAUUUUCUAGCACAAAUUUAGUAGGAAAUGGAAAUAAAAACAAAGAAUCAGAUUUAACUAUAAAUUAUGAUAAUAUAAUAAGCCGAAAAAGAAGAAAAGAUGUAGAUUUAGAUUAUAAAGAUGAAAUUAAAAAUAUGAAUUUUUCCAAUUUAAAUGAAAACAAUGAUAAUAAUAAUUUAAGGAAUAAUGAAACAAAUCAUACAAAUUUAAAUAGUCAAAUAAAUAAUAAUAUGUUUUUAAAUGAAGAAAAUAAAAAUAAUGAAGGUUUAUUUUUAAAAAAAAGUAAAAUAGGUAAUACUCUAAAUCAUACUAAACAUAUUCUAAAUACAAUCAAAUUUGAUAAUAUUCCAUCAAAAGAUAAAUUAAGUGCAUCAUUUUCUGAAAAUGAAAACAAUACAAAUAAUGAUGCAGAUCAAACAGAUCGAAAUAUUUUUAAUAUUAACAUGUUAAUAUCUGAUCAAAUUACCAAAGAAAAUGAACUCACAAAUACUAUUACAACAUCUACACUAGCGAAUAACGAAUCAAACUUGAAUAAGUCACAACUCAAUUUUUUAAGCAAAAAUACCGGGAAAAAUAAUAAUCAAUAUGAAGCAGAUGAAUUAGAUGGAAAAAAAAAAACUGAAAAUCAAAAUAAUCAUCAUUAUCAACAAAAUGAAUCAAAUUUUUGCAUCCCUGAUGGGAAUAAAAAAAGUAAAUUAGCAGAAGAGAAGCAAAAUGACUUUUACGAAAAAAUGCGAAUUAAUGAAUACCUUAUGAAUAAUAAUUAUAAUAGUGAUGAAAAUAAUAAAAAUAAUAAUUUAGAAAAAAAAAAUACAAUUGUUAUUGAUAAAAAAAGUAUGAACAGAAUAAAAUCAUACAAUAAGCAUAUAUCAUUUGAUUCCAUAGAUGUAGAUUUGGAUCGAGAUGUUGUUGAUAUCAAUGAAUUAAGACAAGAAUUAUUUUUAUGUGCCUUAAAUUUUCAUUUGCAUUAUUGGGCAGAAAAAGUUAUACUAUUUUAUCCUCAUAAUGAAAAAAUUAAUAAAUAUUGUACUUCAAUAAUUAAAAUUAAAAAUAAAUUUGAUGAAACAUAUGAUUUUAAUUUAUUUGAUGAUAUUCAUUCUAUAUCAAGAAAAUUACUAAAACGGUUAGAUAAAAAUUCUUGUAUUUAUGAAAGUGUUUUAUUUCUAUCAGCAGAUAACAUUCAAAUAUUAAAAAAUGCAAAGCUUUCGCUUUUUGAUGUUUUUAAUAUAUAUCAUUUUUGGUUUAAAAAAAAUAAUUCAGAUUUAAAAAAAAAUUUUCAAAAUUUUCUUUAUACUAAUAAAAUAUAUCCUUCAUAUUUAAAUUAUUAUAUGAGCCUUUAUAAAAAUUCAAAAACUUCGAAUAAUAAAUUUACUGAUUUAAAAGGAAAUCGAACUAAAAUUGUUAAAGGGUUGACACCACAAAAUAAAUUAACAGAUAAUGAAGAAACUCAAAAACAUUCUAGCCCUGCUCUCUCUUUUUACGAAAAAUUUUCUCAAUUUUCUUAUUCUAAACAAAAUUCCAAAAGUGAUUUACAUAUUCCAAAUGAUUCUGAAUCAGAUAAAAAUUCUACUUCAGAAAACGAACAUAAUAAUUCUGUUAUUGACAAUGAACAAUCAGAAUCUUAUUCAACAAAUGAUGAAAAUACUGAUAAUAGUGAAAAUAGCACUAAUUCCGAAUCUCAAGAAAAUAGCCAAAUAUAUCGAAAUUUUGAAAACUCUGAUUUGAACGACGAAAAUCGAAUAAAAAAAAAAAAAAAAAAAAUCACUGAAAAUAAUUUGGCAGAAAUUUUUAAUUCGGAUAGUAGUGAUGCUUCAAAUGUUUUAGAAAAUAAUUAUGAUGAUGAACCAUUUAAUAUGAAUAUUAAUGAGAAAUAUAUAUAUUUGGAAAAGGAGGAAAAAAGAAAAAAAAAACUGUUUUUACCAUCUCAUAUUAAAAUAAAAAAACUUAGCCCAUGCGAAUGCAUACUAUUAGAACUUAUUUUAAAAGAUAAUGUAUUAAAUGUAUUGAAAAAAUAUAAAUUAUUUAAAAAAGAAAAGUACGAAUAUUUAUAUGUCAAUCUAAUCGCAAUGCUAAAGCAUUAUAAUUAUUUUUCCACAUAUAAAUCUGAAGAUAUUAAUGUUGAAAAUGGGAAUAAUAAUUUUGCAAAUAUCAUUCCUAGUAAUAGUGUAAAAGAUAAAAUGGAUAAAAAUCAUCGUCAAUAUAUUAACAAUAUAGAUAAAGGAAGUAACUUAAAACGAAUUUCUAAUUGUCUUGAAACAAAUUGUACUAAUAUAAAAAAUGAUAAAAUAAAUAUUUUGAAAAAAAUCUGUGAUAAAAAUUUAUUAUAUUAUAUAAAUUUACAAUUAAAAAAUAUCGCACACUUACUUAAUUAUAAAGAAAUUGAAAUCGCUUGCACAUAUUUGAAUCAUAUAAAAAACAAUUUAUUUGUAAUUUUUCAAAUUCCAAUUUUAUUAUUCAAUGUAUUAUAUGAUAAGCUUAUAAAAUGUUACAAUGAUUUUAGUAUCAUGGACAACUAUUUUAAUAAUUCGCUUUUAUAUAAAGAUUUUAGAUAUGAAUAUAUAUUAAAAACAAAAAUUGCAUAUAUGCUAUUAAACAAAUUUAAUGAACAAGAUGAUAUAGAAAAUUGUAUAAAAUUUGCAAUCUAUUUUGAUAAUAAUAGAGUAAAAGCACAUAAAAAUAAUAUAUAUAAUGAUUAUAUAUUUCAUAAAAAUUUAAUUAACUCUUAUAUUAAAGUUCAUGAAAAUAUUGUACCUUCUGAAUGGAUUGAAGCAAAAUACGCAAAAAAUGGAGAAUUAAGUGACAUUAAUGAUUCAGAAUAUUUAGAUUAUUAUUCUUUUUUUUUCAAAGACAUAUCAAAAUAUAUCAAGCUAAGUAUUAUCGACAAAAUUAUUAAUUCAAAUAUAUUUAGUUUGCGUAAAGAAAAUUACACAAUUUGUCAAUCGUCAGAAGAUAGAGAAAAUACAAAUAAAAAAUAUAAAUCAAAUAAUGGAACAAAUUCAGGAAAUAAUUCAAAUUUUCCUAAUAAUAAUACUAACGAAAAUAAUGAAACUAGCCAAAAUGAUAUCGAAAAAAAAAAAAAAAAAUUUGCAUGUUAUUUUAUGUACAUGGUCAGGCGAUCUAUUAUGGAUGAUGUUGUAAAUAUUUAUUCUUCAAAAGGAGAAUAUUUUUAUAAAAAAUUAUUGGCAACAUUAGUAAAUAAUAACUUUACAAAAGAUUAUGAAAAAUCUCAUAACAAACAUUUUCAUAUGUUUAUUCAAGUUGCAAACAUAAAUAUAUUUAUGAAAAAUGUUUUUUUUGAAUACAUAAAUUUUUUUAAAAAAAAAGAAUUAUAUAAUAUUGAAAAAAUAAAAAAUGAAGAUGAAAUUAUGGAUAACUUAGUUAAUGUUGUUAAGGUUAAUGGAAGAAAUUUCUUUGUUGUAAUAAAUACACUAGCUGAAAUUGCUACUAAAAUUGAAAAAAAUAUUGUAAAAGAUGUUAAUAUACAUAUACUUAUUAAUUUAAGAAAUAUAAUUAUCGACACUUUUUACUUAUUUAAAUAUGUUUUUAAUAAUCGAGAAUUUUCUUUAAGUCUUAUCGAAAACCUUUAUAAAAAUGUUCUCAAUUUUAAUGAUACAAUUAAUUCAUUCUUUUCUGAUGAUGUUAAUUUUUAUCCAAAAGAACAAAUAAAGGAUUUGUACACACACAUAAGACAUAAAUUCACUAGCCAAAAUGUCAUAAACUAG